UUGUAUAUCACACUGUCAAAUAUUCAGACGAAUGAAAAGCAGAUAUAUUACGUCGUCACGACGAAAUUUUUAGCGACAUUUUAAAACAAAAUAUGUGACGAAGUAGCUGCCCGGGGCAACGAAUGACAUUCCAGAUUGACAGCUGAUGAAUUCACGACAAAAGGCUGCAGGUAAGGAGAGUCUGAACCAUGGCGGGAGUGGAGUACGUUUAUGAGGCGGUAAGGGUGUGAACCAUUUAGCAAAAAGGCAAAACGCACGUCAACUGAAGAGAAAAAUGGCUCGGAAUGUUAACUUUGACCUGGGCCACCCCCUCAUGGAAGCUGGACUGGAGAGCCCUGCUGAUGAGGAAGGUGUUCAUGACUCAUUCCACCAGCUGCUAGCGGAGCAGUGUCAAACUGGAGACUUGAGUGAAGCAUUUGAGCUUCAACAACUACAGAAAGAACUGGAUGAGGAGGGCCAAGAUUAUGUACCCGGCCUGUCUAGCCCUGGACUAGAGCGGGGUGAGCGGCGGAAUCACAGAAGACGAUUAGCAAAUCAGAAUGAUGAAAGAGAGACGGACCCUUCCUCUGGUGAACGUUGGUCUUCAGCUACAUUAAAGAUCCUGUCUUCCAUGCCCAGCCGCACCAUUGGUCGCAACAGGGGAGCCAUCAUCUCUCAGUAUUACAACAGAACCAUGCGGCUUCGUAGGCGCAAGCAGAGCAGACCCUCCAUCCGUGACUUCUCACGGUCAGCUCGACCAACCAUACGAGGUUACGGCAUAGAGACGGAUAGCACAGAUGCAGAAGUAAAUAAAAGGGAACGCUUGGUGAACAACUUGCAGAACCUGUCAGUGAGUGACAGAAUCAAGAUGCUUCGGGCCAUGCCUCUCAGUGUAGCAGAAAAGAGUGAACUCAGAGGGUUAGCUUUGCAAAAACAGAGACGCAAUCUGUCUGGCAAUCAGAUUCCCUGCUGUAGUCGACUCAAAUAUUACAUCAUCAUUGCCGCAAGACAGAGUUGGUACUCUUGGCUGUCUUUCGUACACUCCCUCCAGCUGUGGCAAGUGGCACUCAAGCGAGUGAGCGGGCGUUUUGGCAGCGGGGUCCUGUCGUACUUCCUGUUUCUGAAGACGCUGCUCUUCUUCAACCUCUUCCUCUUUCUGGUGAUUGCUGCGUUUAUAGUGCUUCCUCAGGCAGUGUACCCUCCAGCUCUGCCUCACGGUAGACGCUCCUUCACUGGACUAGAGCUUCUGACUGGAGCGGGAUAUUUCUCGGACACAGUGAUGUACUAUGGCUACUACUGUAACUACACGCUACGUUUGAGCUGCAGGAAUGAAAGUGGAGAGUCGUACAUAUCUGUGUCAAAUGGAACCAAUGCGGACUGCGUGAUGAAGCGUUUGCCUUAUAAGAUGCCACUCGCCUAUUUAUUAACUAUAAGCACAUCCUUCUUCGUCACAUGUAUAAUCCUUGUGUACAGCAUGUCAAAAUCAUUUGGUCGAAGCUUCCGGAUUGAUAAAUCUUAUAGUAUCCUGGCCAUGAAGGCCUUCUGCUCCUGGGACUUCAAGGUCAUCAAAAAAUCUUCUGUUAAACUCAUGUCUGAGAAUAUCUGCAUCCAACUCAAGGAGCUGCUAGCAGAGGUGAAUCAUAAACGUUCCAAAAACAGUCUGUGCCAGAACCUGUGGAGGGUGGCGGUCCACUUCUUCUCAUGGACUAUCUGUGUAGCUAGCACCACCGCCUGUGUGCUUGCCAUCUACUACUUCUCUGAAUACAUACACCGGAACCUCCAGCAAAGCUCUCGUAGUCUGUCCAAGGACCCAUUACUGCACGAGGCCAGCCUGCUGGCUCUUCCUGUGGUGGUGUCCUGUAUAAACGUGCUGCUGCCUCUAAUGUUCAACCUGGCGGCAUGGAUGGAGGACUACGAGUCACCUUCUGUGCGCACAUAUGUUGCCAUUGGCAGAAACCUGAUGUUAAAAGUUAGUGUGCUUGGAGUACUCUGCUAUCAUUGGCUGGGUCGAGUGGCUGCUGAUCCAAGCAGUAUUGGCCUGAAGUGCUGGGAGAGUUUUGUUGGCCAAGAACUUUAUCGCUUCCUGUUAAUGGAUUUUAUCUUCACGUUACUAAACAGCUUGUUUGGAGAAUUUCUUUGGAGGCUGUUUUCAGAGAAGGUGCUGAAGAAGAAGAGGAAGCCAGUGUUUGAUAUCGCCAAGAAUGUCCUUGACCUCAUCUAUGGGCAAACGCUGGCCUGGCUUGGCCUUCUCUUCACGCCCCUGCUGCCUGCAGUGCAGAUACUGAAACUCCUGCUGCUCUUUUACAUUAAAAAGAGCAGCGUGAUGAUGAACUGUCAGGCCCCCAGUAGGCCAUACAGAGUUAGCCAGAUGACCACAAUCUUUAUCACUCUCCUCUGCUUCCCUUCCUUCCUUGGAGCCUCGGUUUGUGUCACCUACUCCAUGUGGAGCAUCACACCAUCCUCAUCUUGUGGCCCCUUUCGUGAACUCAAAACAAUGUUUCAGGCGGGAAAACGUUGGGUAGAGGACAUAGAAAAAGAAAAUUCCAAUUUAUCGAUGUUGGCCAAGGCUCACUUGUAUCUGGUGGAAAACCCACUGUUCCUCUUUCUAGGAGCAGGCAUCUUUCUGAUUGUCAUCUAUUUCCACAGCCAAGUGGUAGAUGGCCAACGGAAGAUCAUCAAUUUACUGCAAGAGCAGAUAGAAAAUGAGGGAGAGGACAAGAAAUUUCUCAUCACUCGCCUGCAAUCCAUCCAUGAACAGAAACGAACACCUGGCCGAAGGCUCACAAGCCAGGAUUCUGCCUGCUGAGAGUGCAUCUUCUGUACUCCAGCAGAUAUGCUUCCUUCAAAUCUGAAGACCUUUUAACUGGAAAAAUUACUUGACAAGAGUAUAGUGACAUCUGACCUAAAUUCCAAAUGUUUUGUGCAUUUGAUAAACUGAAUUUAGGGAUAUUUGAUGAGAAAGGUUGAUUCUCUGAGGAAAAGGUAGUUGAAAUACCUUGAUUCAAUUUUAGGAAGUCGAGGUAAUGAGUUAUGUACAGUAAGUGAUUAGGUAACUUUUUAAAACUGAUAACAUCAGUAUAAGAAAAGUGGUAGAUGCACUUUCAUUUAAACUGUGAAUUGUUUUUAAUGUUUUUUUUUUUUUUUUACCUCUUGUGUGAAAUAUAAACAGUGGUCUUUUUUAAGUAGUUCAAGUAUAAACAAUUGGAUGCUUGAAUUUUUAUA